AUGCCUAGUCGCAUGGCCGUGUUUUUCGCGUUUAACGUUCUCAUUAUUGCAAUCUUUCUUAUCACGAGCUUUAAUAUUAAUAAUCCAUCAACGGAAGAUCUCGAUCGGUUGAUCUUUUCUUUCCCUCAUAUACAUGAAGAUCCAGAACUCCGGGCACAAGAUCAUGAUCAUCGUGAAGCAACGACGUGGGCAGAUUAUGAUGAUGAUCAUCAUCAUGAUCACAUGAGUGAUAUUGAUGACAGCGAUGAAUGUCAUGGUUAUGAUGGUUAUGACGAAGAUAACGAUGACGAUAGUAGCGAUGACGAUGAUCUUGAUAGUGAAGAUGAUCAUGAUGAUCGGGAUUUGGAGAUGAGAAGUGAUGAAUUCAUAGCCAGGAACUAUAUGCAACGCAGAAGGGACGAGUUGAUUUACUGGAGGUCUUUUAUACAAGAACCCAACCUCGGCCAGCUAGUUAGCUAG